AUGAAAGAAAAAGCCUUGAAGGAUAUUGAUACCCGCCGCAUCUCUCUUGGUAAGCUUGCCGGACAGCUUUCGGGUUUUAUUGGCGGUGGAGAGGAAGUCAAAAAUGCUAUUAUAAAGGGUUUGCAGAGUAAUGUAAAUCAGCUUGAAAAGCUUUUAAAAACAUCUUGCGGAGAUAAGGGGUGUAAUUGUAAUAUUAAGAAAUUCCGUGAUGAAAAUCUUAAAAAUCUUCAAAAGCAAUUUAAUGACAUUGAUGAAAUUGCAACAAAAAUUGAUAGCCUUAAAAAGCAAAAAGAUGUUGCUGAAAAAAGGAAGGCGCCUGUAAGGGCGCCGCCCGGCGGUGAUCCUGAGAUUGAGAAGCAAAUUGAUGCAAAAACUCUGGAGCUUGAACAGCAAAAAAAUCUUGUUGAAAAGCAAAUUAAAGAGCUUGAAAAGGCUUUAAGUGUGCCUAAAAGCAAAAUUGAGUCUGAGAUCUCCAACCGUCAAAAGAGUGUUGCUGAGCUUGAUAGGCAAAUUGAAGCAGAGCGUAAAAGGCAAAUUGAUGAUUUUCAAAAACAGGGAUAUGAUGCUGAAAAAGCAAAAAAAUAUGUCUCCAUUCCCUAUCAUCUUUCCAAUUCUCUUGAAACUGAGCAGGCUAAAUUGAUGUCUCAUGAGGCUUCGUUGGAGUCUCUUGAAAGUCUUGGAAUGCUUAUUACAUUUCAUCAGAGUGUUCAAACUCCUCAAAGUGGAGAAUGUGAAAACAUUUUAGAUAAAUUGUGUACAGGUCUCCAAACAUUUUUAGGGUACAAUGAAACUUCCAAAGGCUACGAUGGCACUGGCAUCGUGUACUCGGACCUUGACAGGCUCUGCGACGGGGUGAUGGCUUUCCUUCAUGGAGUUCUUAAAGAUGUAAAUGACAAUCCAAAUCUACAGAAAUAUAAUACUGAUUUGCCUAACGUCCUCCAAAAAAUUAAAGAAGCUCUCUAUAAUAGAGAUAAUUUUGAUAGUAGUAUUCGCGCAGUGAGUGAGGGGAUUAAGCAGUGGGUGAGCGGGGUGGAUGGAAAGCAUAGAACUGUAACAGCGCCGUUAGGUAAUCUUAAAAUAACAAUGGAUGGUCAUAUAAAGGCUCAUAUGGAUCGUAUGCCGAUUACAGAACAAUUGAGGAAUUGGCAGGGUUUUGCUGGACUAUACCUUGGUGAAGUUCAGAAAUCUGAGAAGGCCCUAAAAAAUAUCGACGACAAUCUUGGAAUUAGGGUGUCGCCUUAUAUCGAGUUUAUAAGAGAGAUUGUUGAGAAUUUUCGUAAGUCGGUAAAUGAUGAGAGUGUUACAAAUUCUGUCAAGGCACUCAACGCUAAAUUCAUGUACCAUCGAAAAGACGUGGCUUCUCACAUUGAGACCAAAAUACAGACCGUAAAACAAUCGUUGAGUGAGAAGUUGGGACAAAUUGGCAAGGAUAUUGAAACUCUUAAGCAGGCGAGAGACACGCACAUUAAGAGUAUUAGGAAUGCCAUGAAAUUGGCGCAGCAGGCGGCGGACAAUUUGCUUGGAAAAACGGGUACCGAAUUUGAUACCGCUUACAAGACAUUAAUUACUAAUAAGUUUACUGAAAUAAAAGAAGCAAUUGAGAAGUUUGCUAAGAAAGAUUCCGGCACCACUCCGCUUCAGACAAAUUUCAAGACUGUUCAAUCUGAGGUUGGCAGCCUGGAAGAGAAGGUGAGAAAGGAUUUGGAAAAUUUGAGAAAGCAAAUUAAUGACGUUACAGAUCGGCUUGCCAAUGAUGAUGUUAAUAGUAGUUUGGUGAGUGAGCAGUUGUCUCAGCUUGAAGACGCGAAGAAAAAGCUCCUUAAGGUUACUGGCACUAAGGAAUCAAGUGAUGGUGACGAGGGGAAUCUGGAAAAGUUAUUUGAAGAUCAUAUCAAGAAUAAGCUCAGUGAAUUGGUCAAAAAUGUUGAUGAGAAGAUAGUGGCGAUUGGAAAAUAUUUUGGUGGCGGAAAAACUAUAGAAGCCUGUCUGUCUAACAUUAAGAAAAAGGUUAUUGAGGAGAGUGAAACUGCACUGAAUGGUGGCUCAAAUCAAAUUGUGAGUAAGUACCAUAAAUGUGUGGACAACUACAUCACGAAUUACGAAAAGACUGUAAAUUUAUGGGUUAACGAAUUCGUAAAUACUAUGGAGUUAGCUAGGACCAUAUACAUCGACGUUAUUGGAACAGGCGGCCAAUGGGAUUGGAAAAAUAUAACGCAGGCUAUAGAAGCAGGCAAGCAGAGGAUUAUUCAAAUUGUAAAAGGCUUUGGCGUAAAGGCAAACCUCAGCGCAGAUGACGUAGAAGCUACAUUGCGUAGCGUUAAAAGUUUUCUUGAUCAAGGUCCGUCCAAGAUUGAUCAGGAAGGUAGUGUAACUGAAGUAGCUGGUAUAAUUGAGACUAAAGCGACAUCCGGCAAAAAUACGAAUAACCAACAUCUGAUAUCCGCCAUCAAAGCCAUAUUCGGAUCCAUCUGUGCCAAAGCCUCCGCCGCCUCUAAAGAUAUUCAAACGCUAAUAGAGGAACCGAACAUCAGCAACCUGAAACAGGCUCUGACAACUGCACCGACGCUAGUUGCGAAGCUUGGAAUGGUGGAUGCCAAAUCGGUAGAUGCGGCCAUUGACGCACUUAAAUCUGAAAUCGACAGCCAGCUUAUGGGCAAGUUUCGGAACAGCGUGAAGAACGGACUUGAAGGAGCCGUGAACAUGUUCCACGCCGAUGCGAAAGAACAGCUGAAGGACGCGGCAGAGAAAGCGAUUGAGACGGCGGCUGGGAAAUUCACGACUGUCAGUGGUGAUGCGAACAAAAUCAACGUCAAGGCUAUGAUGUCGGAAUUCGAGACGUCUAGAAAGGCGAUUGAAGAAGCCGUAGAUAUAAUCGACGCUGAAAUUAGGCGACUGAAAAAAGUCCCUGCCAUUGUCGAACAAACCGGAAACAAUGCUGGAGAGUUGAUGGAUGAAUUAAAGGGAAGGAUUGAUGGAAUCAAAAAAGCAAUCGACGCCAUCGCUAAACCUAUCAACGACGCCGAAGAUGCCUUCGACUCCGCCGUCGAGGCACUCGAUGGCUCCCUAGUAUUGGCUCAGAGCGCCGCGAAUGGAAAAUUGCAAGAUUUACAAUUUGAUUUGCAGGCGCGUGUAAAUAAAGCACUACAUGACCUCGAGGAUGCUGUACAGAAAAUGUACGACGAUCAAAAAAAAGCCGAAUUAAGAGCCUUGCAUAGUUCUGUCGCUGACCAAUUCUCGAACGUACGAUCUUUAAUUGAUGACGACAUGGAUAUGGGCCUAAAAGGCCUGAUGGGAAAAUUAAAAGAAGCUUUUCUGGUAUACAGGCCGUAUCCUUCAGGUACCGAUCUCCGUCCAUUCACCAAGAAAGUUAAUCAGUUCCUCACAAAAUUCUUCGACGAACUGCUGCUGCAGACAGAUUUGACAGAUGACCGUGAACGUAUGGACCCCCUCACCUCCGCCCUCUCCUCCCUGCUCUCCACAAUGUUCAAUAAACAACACUUCCACCGCGAAGUCUCCGACAAAAUCGACGCGCUCAAAAAAGCGCUCGACAACUUCACUCCAACACAAUUCCACGAAGCCUCUCCCCUGCUCAACGUCGUAAAGCGCGGCGUCACGGACCUCCACGAGCAGCUUCGCAAGCAGUACGUCAGCAGGUACUCGGGCAAAGAAUGGAAUUCUCUGCAAGAGCCGGAAAAGACAAAUUGCGCCCAAAUUCUCGUCACCAUCCUCAAGACAUUGACUCACGAUUUACGUGAGCUUCAUGAGAGAUGCGACAAGAAGAAAGGUGAUUGCAGGGAAAACAAAAUUUCCCUCAUAUCCAAGCCAAGCGUCUAUAAUCCCCUCGGCGCAUUUUUCAAGGACUGCGGCUUUAUUGUUUCCAAGUUGGAAGAGUCCUAUGAAGGAGAGCUGAGAUGUCAUGAGCAGAUGAGGGGGGGGGACAUUUAUUCGAGAAACUUGUUGCUUCGCUGCAAGAUGUCAACAAAAUUCUACAUCUUCCGAAAUGCGUUACAGACAAAACUGAUAACUUCACUGUCAUCGACCUACUUAAAUGUCUCACAACUCACGUCGGGGCACUGUGAUAAGAUGCUCAAUCAGAAAGACGAAGCGACCGGUGCAUUCCCCAAUCAGGCCGAUAAAGUCAUGAAGAGAUCCUUGCAACACCUAUACGGUACCAUUAAAAAAACAUGUCACUUGUCACAUAGAUUAUUAGUCUCCAUCCAGGGCAACGGACGUGGCUACGACCACGCUGCGUAUCCCUAUGCGUGUUGCUUUGAGAACAACCACGGAGGGUUCUAUUACCCCGGUGAUCCGUCGUCGUUGCUUGACAUGUUGAAAGAUAUGUGUAUGCGUUUGUUGCGUGCAGUGUCUUUCUUAUACCAGCAAUGUAAGCACACAGCAUCCGACGGCAACGGGUGGCGUGAGUGUCAAUAUGGUUAUCGUGUCGGCACCUACCACUGGGAUUGCGACAAGUCAAGCGAUGACUCAAACACACAACCAAACAGACAACCUAAGUGCCAACCAAAUAGUGAACCAAAUGACCAACCAACGUGCUUACCAAAGUCCCCGCUUCAGGCCCAUCUUAUGGAUGGCCUUCCUGGUUUCAUGCCGCAUAAGUUCACAGCUGUCGGUUGCCAGGCCAUGUGCUCAACGUGCCCUAAGGGCUCACUUAUUUGGCCACUGCGGGCUCUAUUACAGGCCGUGGCGAUGACCUCGUUGAUGUGCUUUCUACGCUUUGUAAAAAUGGCGGUUCAGUUCUGUGUGAAUUAG